GAGUCAGUCCUCUUCCUCUCAGUCAGCCGGAGGACGCACGUCUCCACUCUGCAGCGCACAGGAGUGAAUCAUUGAUCCGGGGUUACAUUGAUGAGGAGGAACUGAUCACUGAACGGAGUCCGCAGUCACUUUUGUGGGGGAGACAUUUUUUUAUUCCCCUCGACUGAAGGAGGAAAAGUUUGGGACCCACCAACAGAUCUGGAGUCCGCAGAUGGAAACAGAGCCACGGUGCACAGAGAGCGAGCCUCCUUCUCCCAACAUGGACCCGCAGUCACUGAGAAGGUGAAGACUUGCCCGUGUUAAAUGCUCAGUGCGAGGAUCCCCUCAACACAGCGACUGCUCAUAUAACUGCUGUCAGUUCAGUGACUGUGUGACCCGCUCGCAGACUGUUUACCAUGGCGUCUAGUCUGACAUGUACGGGUGUGAUCUGGGCCCUGCUCUCCCUGCUGUGUGCCGCCGCCUCCUGCGUUGGCUUCUUCAUGCCCUACUGGCUGCUGGGGACACAGAUGGACAAGCCUGUGUCCUUUGGCACGUUCCGGCGCUGCUCCUACCCGGUGAGGGACGAGGAGAGACAGGCCACCGUCAUGCUGGAGCAGUGCGGGCGCUACGCCUCCUUCAACGGCAUCCCGAGUCUGGAGUGGAGGAUCUGCACGGUGGUGACGGGCGUGGGAUGCGGCCUCCUCCUGCUGGUGGCGCUCACGGCGCUCAUGGGCUGCUGCAUCUCUGACCUCAUCUCGCGUACCAUUGGCCGUGUGGCCGGCGGCAUCCAGUUUGUCGGAGGUCUGCUCAUAGGAUCAGGAUGCGCUCUCUAUCCUCUGGGAUGGGACAGUGAGGAAGUACAGCAGACCUGCAACAACAGCUCAGACCAGUUCGUACUAGGUUCCUGCCAGAUCGGCUGGGCCUACUACUGCACGGGGGCCGGGGCGGCGGCCGCCAUGCUGCUGUGCACCUGGCUGUCCUGCUUCGCGGGGAAGAAGCAGAAGCAGUACCCCUACUGAGAGGGAGACGGCGAGUAGGCGGAGGCCUCGGGGGGCGGUACGACUAAAGGGAGAGAGACUCCGACCGUGUGGAGUUGCAGCGGUUACAGCACAUCAGGCACCAAAGACGCCGAAGUCGUCCUGGCGCUCUGCACAUCACGGGACACUACUCAUCUGACAACUGCAGGGACUGUCUCAUAACGCAGCGCACACAUGGCUUUGAAAACCGGUUCCUCUCUUAAAGCUGUACUUAAAUGAAAAAUAAAUGGACCAAUCCUAUUUGUAAAGUUGUUACAUAACAAUUUCUGUACAAAAGAGUGUUCUCUUCUUUUUCCCCUCUUGGGUAAUUUGAUGUUUUGUGUGCUCGUGUGGUCAGGAGAAAAGUAAUACUGCUUCUUCGUUACGUGAACUGUCUCCUCCUCAUCGCUCAUCUUUGCCUUAAACACACAGAAAUGCAAUAAUCCCUGUUACGUAAUAAGCAAACCAACACUGACCGCCUGCUUCCUCCAGUUUGUUUUCAGAUUCCAAAAACAAAUCUAGUUUAUUUAACACAUGCAUAAGAUAUACGUUGUGUAUGACCAUGUAUUUUAUCAUAUUAGCACAUGUUUUGUAUUCACUGUAUCCUUUGUCAUUAUUUCGGUUUUGUAAAUAAAUGUUUAUGGAUAAAU